ACUGGAGAGCAACCCGGAAGUGAACUAAAAAUAUUUGGAAGCGUAGUCAGUUUACUUGAAACAAAAGAUGUCCGCCCCUCCAGCCUAUAAUGAUGCGGUGGGCUAUGGUGCCGGUGGGCAGCCACCUGUAGCUCCGUACCCUGCGAAGGUACCAGAGACAACACCAUAUCCAGCUCAAGCUGGCUACGGUCAACCAGGCUAUGUUCAACCACAACCUGGAUAUGGGCAGCAACAACCAGGAUAUGGGCAGCAACAACCUGGAUAUGGGCAGCCCCAGCCUGGAUACGGGCAGCAACAACCUGGAUAUGGGCAGCAACAACCUGGAUAUGAGCAAGGGCAAGCUCAAGUUGGAUUCCAACAGCCUGGAUACGGUGCAACCCCUGCCCCUCAGGCCCAAUCCCAGUUUAAUGCAGCAGGCCCCGAAUCUGACGGUGAUGCUGAGGAAGGGAUGGCAACGGAUUGGACGGAGCAGAUGAACAGUUUCUCAGACAAGGCGAUCCGAAGGAGCUUCAUUAAGAAGGUUUAUCUGAUUCUAACAGCGCAACUUCUUGUGACUGUCGCCUUCAUUGGAGUCUUUGUUUUUGUGCAUCCUGUGAAAAUGUGGGUGAGACAGAACUCGUGGUUCUACUAUAUUUCAUACGCCACCUUUCUUAUAACGUACAUCACGCUCGUUUGCUGCCCGUCGGUGAGAAGAAAAUACCCAGGAAAUUUUAUCUGCCUUGGUGUUUUUACAGUUGCCUUUUCCUACAUGACUGCUACAAUCAGCAGCUAUUAUGAUACAAACAUUGUCCUGAUCGCAGCUGGAAUCACCGCUGCAGUAUGCCUGGCCAUCUCGGCAUUUGCUAUUCAGACAAAGUGGGAUUUCACGAUGUGUAGUGGCCUACUCUUCGCACUGAGUAUGGUCUUCUUCUUCUUCGGUAUCGCCUGCAUGAUUGUCUACCUGACGAUCGGACCCAACCAGAUCUUAAACUGUGUCUACGCCGGGCUGGGGGCACUCCUCAUGUGUCUGUUCCUGGUUUUCGACACGCAGAUGAUCGUCGGAGGGAAAAACCGAAAGGUCACCAUGAGUCCCGAGGAAUACAUCUUCGGCGCGCUGCAGCUUUACAUGGAUAUUGUUUACCUCUUCAUGAUGAUACUGAUGCUGACGGGAUCUAGCUCCAAGUCUUAGAUAAUCAUUUCUUCAAAAAUUUGGACGUAAUUCGAGGAAAAGAAAAGCACUAAAAGCGAACAAAAACAGGAAGACGAAUUUGUAUUACUCGAAAAUUCUCAAAAAGCAUUUUAACUAAACAUUUCAUCGUAAAAUAUGAAUUGAUUUUCCUCUUUACUACAGUCCCAGUCACAAUUGACAUACCCUAUGCUAUGUGUAGUGUAAGCUAUGCAUGUGAUCCUGUGCCGUGUACAGUGUAACCUCCCUCAGUGAACACCUCUCUAUUAGAGACACUAGUUUUUGUCCCAAAUUCAUUGUUUCCACUUAGUUUGAUCUUACUUAGUUUAAUCAGGACACCUAUAUUGAGGACAGUCCUGAGGGCAUCCUUAAUAGAGAGGUUCUACUGAAGUUGCAUACAUAUUGCUGUCAGGGUUAUGUGAAGGUUACAUGUAGGCCUACGUAGGUCAUGGUCAUAACAUUCCUGCCACCUACAUGUAUGUGCAGGGUUGUCCACGGGUUGCAUUUGAGAAACACGUACAUUACGCCAAUUUAGGGACAUUACUUGUGAUUGGGACUGUAUAGAGUUAUAGAAAUUUAUCUCUUAGAGUCUCCGUGAUCGUUACAGUUACCUAUUUUAUGAUGGUAGCAGCUUAAAAAUCCACUGGAGAUUUGAGAACGUUUUUUUUCUCCAUUUAUUAGUAACAACCAUUCAUACAUGUACAGGUAGCUUGCAUAGUUUAAUAGCAGUGUGCAAUUUACAGGCAAGUUUCACUUAAUUGGGUCUCGGUGUAAUUUGCGUGAAACAUUCAUGGUGGUAUUCACGCAACUAGUCCGUACGCAGCUUAUGCGACACCAAAGCGUAGAAUGUGCACAGCUGACGCGAAGGAAAGGGUAUGUCAGUUAUGAAUAGGACUGUAUUAUGAGGGCAAGUUCUGAAAAAAUGGGUGUUUAAAUGUGUUAGUUAAAUUUGGUGUCGAGACUGAAUUGCUGUGCUGUGGACUGAAGUGGGAGUAAAUUUAGUCAUACUAUCUUAUACCGUGUGUUCAUCUGCCUUGUCCUUAUUAAAGGGGUAUGCCGUUCGUAAAUAGUGGUGGUCCAGGAAAAUAGAAAUGCAGUUAUUGAAAUAUCGAGAGGGGGAGUAUAUUGAAAAUCACUGGUUACGUCAGGAUGUUAUAUGUAUACCGGUAUACAAUGAUGUGGUGCAGUUAUAAUGCAUACGAAUUUGUUGACAUUUGGUAUUUAUUGUAAAUGUAUGUGUAUGUCUGUGUACACUACGGCAUAGUUAUGUGUUUAUGUAUAUUCAGUACACAAUUUGAAGUUUUCAAAUUUAAUUCUAAAUUUCGAAUGUUUAACGACUGACGUUGGCCUUUAACCCACAGAGAUUUUAUGACAAUUUCCUGACAUAAAACCUUGAUUUUCAACCCGCUCAGGACACCAAUUUCGGUCCCAAAUUGGUUAAAUUCCUUUCAAGUUGGCCUCUAUAAUAAUCAGGUCACCUCGCUGAUCAUUUUUCAUGCCCAAUGGUGUCCUUCACAGAGAGGUUCCAGUGUGUAUAUUGUUGUUGUGCAGUCAAUGAGUCAUAGUAGCUCGUCUCUUCCAUAUCGCAAGUUCAUCUCUUCAUCCCUUUAAAGGGGUACACCGUUCGUAAUAACUUGUGUCCAGAUAAAUAGAAAUCCACUUUGUAUAUCGGUCUACAGAAAGGCUGAAAGUUAUAUUCAGUAUGUUUUUACGCAAUAGCAUUCCGCGAAGUUACUAUUUAUAGCUCACAAGGUCAUUUGCAUAAGAUAUUGAUGACGUUUUAGUCACGUGACAGUCGGACAUCGACACUUAUUUCUACGCAUUUGAGCUUAUUUCAAAGUCAAUUAUCUUUGACCCUGCAUUGUUUUUAGCAUGAAUGAUACCAUAGAGUCAGAGAGAGAAAUAUUCAGAACAAUUAUGUAGUAUUUCCAACACUCGGACAUGUGCCAGAUUGAAUCUAACUGCCCAAGUUAGAAAGCCUGAAUCCAUUACGAAACCACAUGUUUGUCCGACAUUGCCUGUAAUUCAGCGAUGGGGAAAUAGAGGGCAGCAGCUGCAGUGACGUCAUCUUCGCGGAAUGCUAUUGAAAGUAUUCAAAUUAGAUUACAAAUUCAAAAUUUUAACGAACGGCGUAGGCUUCUGGCUACAAGACGCCAAUUGAAAAUGAAAUGUUAGUUCUUAUGUAGUAUAUGUAUAGUUUGAAGGCCAGAGAGGGUCAACAAGUUCAUAUCAGUCUAUAUUUAUAUUCUGUAUUGCUUUAGACGUAACUGAUUGCUUCAUGCUGCCAAAACUGUUGGUUUAAUUAAAAAACUUACCAGUAAAUCUGCUAAAGUUAAGUAUACCAGUCGCUUUGUAGCUCGCCAGUCUUCUUUGUCUGGUCACUAUCAUCCUGGAGAAUCAAUUAAAGGGAACUGAAACUGCCAAGCCAGUUCGUAUGACCUCGUUUUCAUUUCCCGCGUAUCGGGUGAUCAGAACGAGGCAUGAAUGAAACAUGGCGCCUAGCUGUCAAUCAUUGAGUGACGUCACUACUAUGGAAUUUACUACGAAAACUCAUGAAUGAAAGAUUGCAUGACUCACGUGAUUCUCACGUGAUUCUCACGUGAUUCUCACGUGAUUCUCACGUGAUUCUCACGUGAUUCUCACAUGAUUCUCAAUAAUAACAAAUUGAAGUGCGCAUGCUCGGGCACUGGGGGCGGAGCUACAAAUCUGAACUCGAAUAGGAAGUUGGAAGUUUGCCUUUCUUGGGCGGUGAAAGUCGAAAAGUUGAAUAAAUGGCUCGGCGGUUCCAGUUCCCUAUAACCAGCUGCCAGAAUCUUAUCUAUGUCGUGUGUAGUCAAGGCGGCCCCUCCGACUUCACUUACCAUGCAAUGGCGCUAGAAAGAUGCCGAUGGUAAUGUCAGCGUCACCAAAAAAACAGCCGAAAUUUGCGUUUAUUGGUAAAUUUACCAAAAUAACAUGCGUCCAUCUGGUAACUGGGACACUUGGACAUCAUAUUGAUGUAUGCUUUAAAUUUUGAGGUAAAUCUACCACACAAUUGCUUUGAAGUGCAUGCACAAAUCAGUUUAUGAUUAUUUUGCAAUUUGUUUGCUAAGAUUUCUGUGGCUUUUAUUUUUUUGCAUUAACAGAUAUUGGCACAAAGCAAUGGCUCCCAAAAAGAAAAUCUCAACCAAAUUACAGUUGUGUGGUUAUCAAUAUACCUGCCAACUCAUUCGAAAGAGAUAGCAAUGUAGGGUAAAGGUGUUUUGCUCGAGGACAAACUGUAAAGUAGGAAUUAUUCGCGUGCCUUUUAUUUUCGCACUUUUCACACAAAUAAAGAGCAGUGGAAAAGAAAAUCGAAGUAACGGUACUGCUGCGUUGUUAUCAAAACGCUAACUUGAAAUUGUGCUGAAGUUGCAAUUUCACGAAACGGCCAAGAAAAUGGCUGCCGAUAUUUCAGGGCUUACAGUUUAUGAUGGCCCGUGUAUAGUACCCCAAGGUAUAUAUGGCACGGCUUAACCCGCCGGCCAUGAGGGAAUUCCUUUAUGGCCCAGUGGUUGGCGCGUUGGCCCCAGAGUGGAAGUUAAGCAACGUUGAGCGCGGUCAACCUGGAUCGGUGACCGGCGCGUACAAUACAGCCCGAUGCAUUUUAGGACCUGUUAGCGUUGUCUCUUGUUAAUUGUGAAAUAUUAUGGACGUGAAUUGGAUUAGUUGUUAAUUAUAAAAUGAAAUGUUGUGUGAUUGUUUGAGGCAUGUUUGUGUACCAUUCUAAAUACCAUUGUAUACUGUUCUUAAGAAUAUAUGAUGAAAAAAUCACAGAAAACGCCAAAUA